GUCAGCAACAUUAGACGGUCAGGGUUGUUUCUCUCUCUCUGCUGGUAUACUGCUGUAAGUGACACAGGAGAGUGUAUUAGACCUGUGUUAAUGCCACCACACCACUCCGUGAGCUACCGCGUCUAACCAGGUCCUAGUGCAGACCUCCAGGAUGCUCAAGAGAAGGAGACAGAGCCUCUUCCCCAACUACAAAGUCGGGGGGACAGGCCCCACAUACAAGGACCCAGAGGAGGACAACAACAUUCCCUUCACCCAGAACAACUUGGUGAAACCAUGGAACUCCAUGCAAGAACUCAGCCGUGACAUCUACGCAGAGUACAAAGAUGAGGAAGAUGUAAUGACAUACCUGACAAGAGGCCUCUCCUUUCCUGCGAAGAACUACAUGCUGAACAUCAACGUGGGUGGGACGGUGUAUCAGAUCUCCUACAGGGUGGCUGCCAAGUAUCCCAAGACCAGGAUCGGCCGCCUGGCGACAUACACAGACCACAACAGGAAACUGGACCUGUGUGAUGACUAUAUUGUCCAGAACAACGAGUUCUUUUUCGACAGAGACCCGGACAUCUUCCACAACAUUUUCAACUUCUACCGGACGGGCGUCCUCUGGAUCAAGGACGAGCUGUGUCCCAGGAACUUCCUGGAGGAGAUAAACUACUGGGGCGUGAGGAUCAGGAACACACACCGCUGCUGCCGAAUCUCCUUCGAGGAGCGCCAGGACGAGCUCAGUGAGCAGCUGAAGAUCCAGAGGGAGCUGGAGGCAGAGGUUGAGAUGGAGGAGAAUGAGGAGUUGUUCCACGGGAUGGCGUUGGGCCAGAUGCGUCACAUCAUCUGGAACCUGAUGGAGAAGCCCUUCUCUUCGGUCACUGCCAAGCUCAUGGCUGUAGCCUCCAGCUUCUUCGUGCUGAUGUCCCUGGUGGCCAUGACGCUGAACACGGUGGAGGAGAUGCAGUAUACCACCACCACGGGACAGCUGAGUGGGAAGACCUAUGGGGAGUAUGUGGAAACCUUCUGCAUCGCUUUCUUCACCAUGGAAUACCUGCUGCGUCUGGUGUCCACCCCGGACCUGCCGCGCUUUGGGAAAAGCGUCCUGAACGGGGUGGACCUGAUCGCUAUCUUACCCCUCUACCUGCAGCUGGUGCUGGAGUGCUUCGAGACCGACAACUAUGGGAAGCACCAAGACAUCGAGACGGUGGGCCGGGUGGGCAAAUUGGGCCAGGUUUUGAGAAUCAUGCGUCUGAUGAGGAUCUUCCGUGUCUUGAAGCUGGCCCGUCACUCUACGGGGCUGAGGGCAUUUGGCUUCACGCUGCGCCAGUGCUACCAGCAAGUGGGCUGCCUCUUCCUCUUCAUCGCCAUGGGAAUCCUCACCUUCUCUGCCAUGGUGUACACUGUAGAGCAUGAUGUCCAUCAGACCAACUUCACCAGCAUCCCUCAGGCAUGGUGGUGGGCAGCUGUGAGCAUCUCUACUGUGGGCUAUGGAGACAUGUUUCCAGAGACCAUCCUGGGCCGGCUGUUUGCUUUCACCUGCAUCUCCUUUGGGGUCAUUUUGAACGGCAUGCCCAUUUCCAUCCUGUACAAUAAGUUCUCAGACUACUACACCAAGCUGAAGUCUCAGGAGUUCACGUCCACAGUGAAGGCUCGGGGCAAGGUCAGGUUCGCCAAGAGGGCGGCCAGGAAGUUAACCAAAUGCUGUCCAUAGACACACUGGUGAAUGUUCUAAGAUCACUGUGGGAGACUUCCCAUUCAAUUAAGUUAUUUUGUGACUUACGCCACUACCAAGUGGGGUUCCCAGGGAGCUGGAGUUACUCUGCAUCUGUUUUACUGUAUAAAUGGUUCAUUUCAGAUUUUAGAAAUGGAUUCUCCUAUCAAUAUGAUUUUUAUUGCUUGCAUAGUUUCAUUGCCAAACAUGAGAUUCGUGUAUGCAAUUACGUACUUGGAUAUUAAUGCUCCUAAGGAGGGGAGUGCAACCUUGCAUUGUAGCAAAAAUACUGCUGACAAAGUAAUAUCAUUAUUCUUUUUCAUCUAAAGUGAUCCUUCAACUACACGUGAGAUUUAGAAUCAAUGACUUCAUACAGAAGAAAUGAGGCCUUUGAAAGAAAUACAGUUGAAGUGGAAAGUUUACAUACACCUUAGCCAAAUACAUUUA